AUGGCAAAGCUCCUUCUGGUAUCAGCCUCUGCACUAGUCUUUGUCAUCCUAUUGCUUGAGCUUAGGUUGGCUUACUCUUCAGCUGAACCACAAAGGCCAAUAAAGGAAACUUGGGAAGCCAAUAAUGCAGCUGUUAACACCGGUGGCUGCACAACAAAGAGCAAGGCCAACUUUGAUAAGCAGCAAUCAGAUUUAGGCAUGGCAGCUCAACCUCCACCACGCCUUUGGAGACGAAUGGAUCUAGGUAAGGACUAUGAUCAUCCAAGACCAGGAAGAAGUCCACCACAUUCUACACCUGGCGGACGUCCUUAG